UCUUUCAGCAUCUCCCAAACACAUUAGCUAGCCUGCUAGCUAGUAAACUUAAAAGCUUCCAAAGACAUGAACCGCAAAAGAAACCACAGUUUCACCGAAACAAGCCUUUCUUCCGAUCCUCAAAACGCGUACAUGGACUCCGCUGGAAUUGCGGUGCGAGCGGAGGACGAUUUCUUGGAAUCUGAGCCCGACGAAGAGCUACUCUGUUCCGUGAGCGACAUCACCGAACACCUUGGGAGAAACAUAACAGUGGUGCUUGAGACUGCGUUGUCCGAAAUAAGAAAAAUGGUCAGCGUCAGGAUACGAGUCCUGAAAAUGGAACUUAGGGAGAAAACAGACGAAAUCGAAGUCCUGAAAGCGAGGUUGGAGAUACAAAGAGACGGUAGGGACCCGUACACCGGCGGAAUGACCACCGACGCUUCACCUAUAAUAAGGAAAUCUGACUCCCAUUCGGGGAGCAAGCACAACAACAACGACCUAAAGAAAGCCAAACCUGUCAUGCCCGGAGUGAAGAAAGAAAAUAUUAAUGCCAUUUGCGACUAUCUGAUGAAAGAUAAGAAUUCACGCGGUGGUGAGGCAGACAAUGACCCGAACAACCCUCCGGCAGUUAGUGACAGGGACAUGCGACACGACCCCCAGCCGCACUCCCUCAACCUGUGGACGGAUAGUAGCAUACCAGGCGCCGGGCCUGGGGAUGUGGAAUCAGACUCGGCCACGGACGACAUAUUCGGUAUGCUACCGUCGGGUAGCAAGCGAAUCUACGAUUAUGAGUGGAUGAGCGGGGUGGAGUACACGUCGGAUUUGAAAGGAAUGAGGGAGCCUAAAUGUGAGAGUGCCACAACGCCAGAUGAAGACGAGGAAGCCAACGAAGACCGAGUGGGGGAUGAGUCAAAGGAAGAAAGGGAUGAUGGAUUGGGGCAUCCCCCAGCCCCUCUCUCCCACGACACCCACACCUCCGACUUCCCUCUGCCUCCUCAAGUGUCUCCAGGAGGGGAGGGAGACAGUUCCAUGGAGGGCCAUGUGAAUCGACUAGAACCAGGUCACCAGUUUCCCGCCCACAUGUUCCUCUGCCCGCUGUGUGGGACUUUCUGCCCGGACUCCUUGUUCCUGGAGGAGCACCUCAAACUUUUGCACGGCGAUGCCGCCGGCGCCCCACAGUCCACCUCUGCUGCGCCCCUUGCCCCGGGUGAGGGCAGCAGCGAGACCAAGCGGGGACCGGAAGGAGGCAGAGGCGGGGCCGGGGGCGUGGCGAGAGGCGCCGGCGGGACGCGGGAGAAGAAGGUGGAGGGCGGUUAUGAGUGCAGUGACUGCGGCCGCCACUUCAACUACCUGGGCAACCUGCGGCAGCACCAGCGCAUCCACACAGGCGAGAAGCCCUUCAUAUGCCCAGAGUGCGGCGAGAGGUUCCGACACGCCGCCCGGCUGAAGAGUCACCGGUUAGGCCACAACGGCGGCCAGAGCCCCUUCCCCUGCCCCCAGUGCGGCAAGGGAUUCCCCGUCUUGUCGGGCCUGAAGAGGCACCAGAGGGUGCACACGGGCGAGAGUCCAUACGCCUGCCAGCAGUGUGGACGGCGCUUCAAGGAGCUGGGCAACCUGUACACCCACCAGAGGAUCCACAGCGGCGCCACGCCAUACUGCUGCCAGCAGUGUGGGAGGAGCUUCCGUCACCUGGGCACCUACAAGAGCCACCGCUGUGCCCCCGUGCAGUGACGGGCGUCGCCAUGGGGCUAGCCGGUCCGCCCCAGGAGCUUGUCGACAUGCUUGUGAGGCUGAAUGAGACAGGGGGGACGUGGGCCGGUUCUGCGCUCUAGACGGUCUAGGUAUGUGCCAAAGGUCACGACGCUGCGCGAUGGAGAGGUGAAAACAUGCUCGGCCUUUGACCACUAGUCCCAAAAUAGGAGGAUUCGGUUUUAGGCGUGCGUGCAUGUGCGUGCGCAUGCGUGUGUGUGUGUGUGUGUGUGCGUGCGUGCAGGCUGUGCUGUUGGGAAGAAGACUAACAACCUUGUGACCACUGCCCCCGUGUGGACUUUUAUAUGACUGCACAAAUGAAGCCUCACGGUGGCGCUGCUGUGUUAAAACCUCACUUACUGUACCUACCAACUGCUGUCCAGGGCAGAUGAGUUGGCAUUUUAUCAGUUUUAAUAACUAUGAUGUAACCUAAAUUACUGACACUUUAUUUAACCUUUUUUUUUUUUUUUUUUGUAUGUCCAUCUUCAGGAUGACUAAAAAUCUUGAGAGUUUCUGGUGAACUGAUUUAUGUAACAAUGAUUUCAGUACUGAGGUUUAGGUUCACACUUGGUCAUUGAAGGAAAAAAAAAUCCCUUCUGUCUAUUCACUCCACUUGUGAAGCUAAAAGUGUGUCGGGCUGGGCGAUAAGACUGAGACAUCAAGAUCAACUCAGUGGCAAUGUAUUUUGCAAAUUUGCAAUCACACGUGGGCUUUGGAAAGACCACUGAACAAGCAAGUGUCUUGCACACACGCAAACAGGUUGUGGACUUUGAACAUGAAAUCCUGUAUAAAAAAUAAAUAAGUUUAAUCUUACACCAAAAAAUUUUAACUUAUAAUAACUGAACCAUAAAUACAUAUGGCAUGCUUUAAAAUGCUACAAACCAAGUCAUACUGUAUCAGAUUAUCAUUCAUCCUACUUGAAUGUUUUGUAUUAAAGUUGACUGUUUUAUCAGUCUAUUGACUAUAGAAUUUAAAAAUAGGACCCCAACAUUCACAGAUUGAGCUGUUACGCUCCUGAAGUUGCCGUUUUUCCUAACAAGUGAAAACCCACUCGGUGGCUCGAAUGUUGCCAUUAACGACGCGUGCUUUCAUGAAGCCGGAUGUAUUUUACAUCCGCGUUGGUUGUUGAUGUCAAUCAUGUUAAGCAGCUUACCAUUAUCUGGGGAGACCAUGUCACUCCUCUGGACUCCAGAAACAGCCUACCUGCGUACAGGUGAGGUGGUAGGGUAGAAGGAUUGGCAUUUCUGCACCAAACGAGAACUUUGUGCAGGGUAAUGCUAGUUGACAGCUGGGUGGAGCUCCUUCCUUCACAUGUUUCUUAAUCCCUUAAUAUUAAAGGCAGUGUGAUUUAUCUUGGAUGUCGAAAGUAUGAAAAGGAUCCAUGAAAUCCGCUCAUCUGAUAUUAUAACGGAGACACGUUUGUUGGAGGUGGGGGGAAAUGUGUUUUGUUUUUGUUAUAUUAACGUAGCUUCCAGUCUGUUUUUGUCAGGCCGAAAUAAAAAUAAAAUAAAUAAAGUGAUCUAGAUAUGAGUUGCCAAGUUUGCAAGCCAAUGCAGAAGACGGGGUUGGGGUUAAACCCCGAAACCCAACUUUGAGAACAACUAGCCUUGUAGAACAUGAUCGACUCACAGACUCCACGAUAAAUAAAUCAGCAAUGCAGGUGUGAAUCGGACCUGUUUCUCAGAAAAGAAAAUGAACAAGUCAGUUUAGCAAGCUCCAGUAGCCUGACAAUACAUCUUUUGAGUUCAUCUUUUUGGGACUCUAUCGCCCAGCCCUAUAACAAGGAGUCAGACUUGUCAAAAACAUCUCUGGUAAAUAGUGAUUAUAAAAUUGUUAGACGUACAAUGCUAAUCAUUGGCCAUCUGUCAUAUGCUUCCUAGUAGACGUUAUUACAUGGUGAUUGUGCAGUGUGAAUGUCCUGCAUCACUGUUCCCUGUCCAUAAAGACAAUAUGCUGUGAGGGACACAAUCAGGGUUGGAGGACUAGCAUACUUGCAAUUAAUUCUAAUAAACUGUUUCU